AUGAUUACGUGGAACGUGAAAGAUGAGCAAUGUAAAUCGGACUUAACCCAACUAUUAGGCCUCGAGACUACCGGUGCCAAUGGGCACCAAUUAGCCGACAUAUAUGCCAUAGGCUUACAAGAGGUGCCCUUUGAAACAGAUAUAACUGAGUCACCCACACAACAUACCUGGGCAAACGGGUUUGCCAAAGUGCUCGGGCAACUCGAGUACGUACUUCUGAAACGGAUUGGCGUAACAAAUGUCGGGCGCCAGGAGGGCAGUAAAGGUGCCCUAACUGUCCGAUUCAUAGUGAAUGGGGUGUCGGUGUGUAUAGUGAACACCCAUUUGACUCCACACGACCAGCAUUUAGAUCAACGCAUAGAUAACUAUAACGAUAUUAUCGGCAAACAAAACAUUUUGAGUGACGAUUAUGUCCUAUGGAUGGGUGACCUGAACUUCCGUAUCGACGACUUAACAGCCGAUGAGAUUCACGACACUAUCAUAAGCACCGGUAGUUUUGCGCAACUUUUAGCCAAAGACCAGCUAAAUCGAGUGAAACGGGAGGGACGGGCAUUUAGUGAGUUCAGUGAAACUGUGCCCUCUUUUGCACCCACCUAUAAAUUCUUAGCCAAUACUAAUAAUUAUGAUUUUAGAGGUCAAGAGAGGUCACGAAAGCCGGCAUACACUGACCGCAUACUAUACCGGGUCAACCCCGACAUGAGUGCCACCAAACACGUGGACUUAAAGCAAAUGUCAUACAAGUCUUACCCCCAGUACGUACAGUCAGAUCACAAGCCGGUGUCCGCACUAUUUCUCAUCAAAUUUCAAUAA